AUGGGGCUGAUGGAUGAUUUCCGCUUGCGACGGUCCAUCCUUGCCACCAAUAAUGAAGAUAGUGCCGCCAACGAAAAGCCCCAUAACCAAGAUUCUGCCCAGGGAGAUAGACGAUAUAGCUUCUUCAGCACUCGGCUUCAUUGCGUCGUCCAUGCCGACAAUCUUUCAUCGUUACAGUCAUUAUGUGACCCCUUUAAUCAUCUCAUGGAAACGGGCGUGCACAUCGGGCUUUGGUGGCUUCAUGUGACAUCACCGUCUAAUGAGGAUAUCGAGGUGCUGUCACGUUUAUUGGAUAUUCACCCCCUCACGACAGAGGAUAUAAAAAUGCGCGAAGUCCGAGAGAAGAUUGAGCUCUUUGGUCCUUAUUAUUUCGUCUCCUUGCGGCUUCCUCUCGAGCCGGACGCUGUUGCGGGAGAUCUGGACGACUCGGAUAAUUUUUACGGCGUCGUGUUUCACGAUAGCAUUUUGAGCUUUACUUUUGAUGAUACCCCCCACCCUGCGCAUGUCUGGAACCGCAUCAAGGAACACCAGAGUCAUUUGUCGUUGACUAGUGAUUGGAUUUGCUACGCUCUUAUUGAUGAUAUCGUGGAUGGAUUCGCACCCCUCAUAGACCGAGUCACGACAAGCGUGGAAGUAACCGAAGACACACUGGAUAUAACCCAGCCCGACGACAUCGGCCUUGCUUUGCAGAACAUCCACAAAUAUCGCAAAGAGGUCACCCACAUCCGUCACCUGCUCAACGAUAAAACGGACGUCGUGAGGUGCUUCGCCCGUCACUGCAGUAGUCUGGGUGCUUCGCCUUCCGAUGUCGCUUCAUACUUGAGCGAUAUCCAGGACCAUGUCUUGACCAUGAUGUCCCACUUGACCAACGCAGAGCAGAUGCUAUCGCGAUCCCAAACGAAGUUUAUGAGCAGAAUCGCGUUUGAUUCUACUCGUAUGCGCAAUCAAAUUGCAGAAACCCUCAGCCGUCUCACUGCGAUUGGAUCAAUCGUUGUACUCAUGCAGGUCACGACGACUUCUUUUGGUAUGAACGUCGAGGUGCCUGGUCAGGAUGUAAAGAAUGUGGCGUGGUGGUGUGGAAUUUUGGGAUUCGAACUCCUUGUCGCGGUAUUGCUUUUGUUCAUUCUCAGGAAAGCUCGGAUUAUAUAG